AUGGUACUCGAAAAAAGUCUACCAAUGACUGCAGGAGAUUCAGAAUGCAGUUAUGCCAAUAAUUCAAUCCUUCAGAGAAGGGUUAUAGUAAAGUCAAAACUUUUAUUAGAAGAAAGUGUAAAAAAUAUGUUGAAGAAUGGUAUUUUUCCAAAGUGUUUGAGAGUAGCAGAUCUGGGUUGUUCUUCAGGAGGAAAUACACUUUUAUGUAUGAGCAAUGUGAUUGAUACAGUUCAUAAUAUGUGCAAAGAGAACAAGUAUGAAUCACCAGAAUUUCAAGUGUAUUUGAAUGGUCUGCCAGAUAAUGAUUUCAAUACUGUCUUCAAAUCAAUUCCAUCAUUUCUUGAAAAAUAUGGGAAUUGUUACAUAGCAGGAGUUGCUGGUUCUUUUUAUCAAAGGCUUUUUCCUACAAACACCUUGAACUUUGUUCAUUCUUCUUAUAGUCUCCAUUGGCUCUCUCAGGUUCCAAAAGGGUUGGAGUGUAACAAAAAAAGUAUACUCAUAUCAGAAUCAAGUCCUCCACUAGUAGUGCAAGCAUAUUCCAAUCAAUUCAACAGGGAUUUUUCAAGCUUUCUACGCUUUCGUUCUCAAGAAGUAAUGAGUGGAGGGCAUAUGGUCCUUGUGUAUGUUGGCAGGAGCAAUCCAGAUCCAAGAAGCUAUGAUUCUUGCUGUUUGAUGGAUUUACUAGCAAACUCACUUCUUCAUUUAGCAGCCCAGGGCAAGAUCAAAGAGGAUAAAAUUGAUUCAUUUAACAUUCCUUCUUAUGCACCAUAUCAAGAAGAGAUAAAGAAGAUCGUACAAAUGGAAGGAUCAUUUAGUCUUGAAAAACUUGAAACAUUUGAGACUGAUAUGACUGCCAUUGACAAACCUUUUGAGGAUAUUGCCAACUUAGUAGUUAAGACUAUAAGAGCUGUUACUGAGUUUUCAGCUUUUUGGCUCAAUAGUCUACUCGGCGGGAUAAGUCGUGCUUCACCUAGUGGUUCAGCGAUCCUCCGUUUGGUCACUUUCAUCGCCAUUUUGCAUUGGUUCUCAACAUCACAAAUUCUGAAACUUUGGGCGAUCCCUUGUGUUACGCGGACUCGAUUGGCGAUUCACCGAAUGUUCAUUUCUGUCGCUGAUUUGGUUUCUUUUCCCUGGCACACUGGAACAUUAAGCGAGAUGAAGAGCCACUCGGCGGUUCGCCAAGUGGUCUUCGCGAUCUCCAGGAUCUCCUUUUCUCCACUGCUUCAGCUUGUUUUGCUCCUUUUUACCUAG